ACAAGAAAAUCCAACUGAUUCUAGUGUUUACUUGAACACAGCCUUAACAGUACACGAGAGCUGCACGCUAUUCAUGUCAUCAGUUCCACAGUCAAAUUCGAUUGAACAGUUUUGGGAGUUUGUAAACAAGAACGGAGUAGAACAUAUUAUCCUCCUUCUAAAAGAAAACCAACAGGUUGCAGAAUUUUACCCAGGUAGUCACAAACCAAUACAAAUGAACCAUUUUAGACUUGAACUCGAUUUAUCGGAAAAGAAAAAUCAGAAUCUUUUUGUGUUUAAUGUGCAGUUGACAAAUAAGGAAACAAAAUCCAGUACUCCUGUCAAGAUUUAUGAGACAACAAAUUGGAAAGAAGAAGAUAGGCAUUUACCAUUAGAAGUCUUAUCACAGCUUCUUGAUGUGACCAGAUUGUCGAAGUCUAAAUCAGCACUUUUAAUGACCAGUGAUGAGUUAGGUAUAUGUAUGGCUGGGAUAUUAAAAGUUUGUGCAGAUGUGUUACGAGCUAUUGAUGAGAGCUCAAGCUUUAGUAUUUUCCAGCUGGCAAAAGAAGCCAGAAACCAACAUCCAAAGAUUUUUCAGGAAAUGAUUGAUUAUGAUCAUUGUUACCUGUUGACACAACAUCAUUUGGAAAGUAAUCAUUUGUAUGAUGCAAUUGAUUGA